GUGGUAUUCGCCAAGGAUGUCCUAUUUCACCAUAUUUAUUUUUACUUUGUACACAAAUUCUUGCAACUAAUAUCUCAAACAGUGUUGUACAGGGAAUCACCAUAGCUGAUAAGGAGCUCGUCAUCAGCCAGUUAGCCGAUGACACCACACUCUUCUUGAAGAAUGCAAACCAAAUCCCUCCAGCCCUUAGUGUGAUUAAUGAUUUCUCUGAGGCCUCUGGUUUAUGCCUAAAUCUAAGAAAGUGUGAGUUACUAGCAAUUAAAGACUGCCCUGCAAAUACUAUCUGUAAUAUUUCUGUUAAACAAGAAGUCACAUACUUGGGACUGUUGAUAUCCAAAGACCAAAAAUCAAGAUGCUCCUCAAACUUCACUCCAAUUAUACAGAAAACCCUAAAAAAGUUCAACCAGUGGCUGCAAAGGGACUUGUCGUUGAAAGGUAGAGUGUUAAUUACUAAAGCUGACGAGAUAUCCCGAUUAACAUAUGCUGCUCUCUCCUUACAUCUGGAUAAGAAAAUUAGUAAAGAUAUUGACCGUAUGCUGUUUAAUUUUAUAUGGAAAAACCGUACGCAUUAUAUUAGAAAAACUGUUGUCAUGAAUAAGUACGAGUCAGGUGGGCUUAACGUCUUAGACUUUUCUACUUUAAAUAACACUUUCAAAAUUAAUUGGGCUAAACAUUUUCUUAAAAACCCUACCUCUAUCUGGAACUUUAUACCAUAUCAUAUUUUCUCUCGUUUUGGUGGCUUUAAUUUUAUUUUAAAUUGUAAUUACAAUGUUGAGAAACUCCCUGUAAAACUUUCAUCCUUCCAUAAGCAAGUCCUCUUAGCGUGGACCCUCAUUUAUAAACACAACUUCUCACCUCACAAAUACCUUAUCUGGAACAACAGAGACAUUUUAUUUAAAAAUAAAUCACUUUUCCUGGAAACGUGGGUCCAAAAUGGGAUCCUAUUGGUGGCUCAGCUGGUUAAUAAAGAGGGACAACUACUUACUUACAACGACUUCAUUGCACUAUAUAAUUUUCCAAUCAGUGUUCAGGAAUUCUCAAUGGUGCUUGGUGCCAUACCCUCAGGGACUCUAAUGUUAUAUAAAAACACUGACAGCUCAAUAUCUACCUCAGUCACUCUCCCUGAUCCAGCUGAGUCACCAAUAGGAACAAUCUGCUUUUCACAGGAACUUGGUAACAGCAAUAAGAGAAAACGUAGUUUAUUCCAAGAAGAUGUCGUCUCUCUCCCAUAUGUAAUAUCUUACUGGAACCGAUAUGUUCCAGAUAUCAAGUGGAAGACAGUCUGGAUGAUCCCCCAUAAAUAUUUGAUUGUAAAUAAGGUGAAGGAAGUCUCAUUUAAAAUUCUACAUAAAUGUUAUCCAGCCAGUCACUACAUGGUAAAAUUUAAAAGAGAUAUAAAUACUAACUGUACUUUCUGUGGGGAUCAUCCAGAAACUGUGACACCUUUUUUGUUACUGUUCUUUUACACAGAGAUUCUGGAAGGAAUUUAGCAGUUUUGUUAUUGUCCAUAUUUUAAGGGAAUUUUCUUUACGAUGGGAAAAUGUUUUAUUCUGUUUCUUUAAGUUCCCCAAGAGGAAUGAUAAAUGUUUUUUUUAUGAUAAAUUUGUUAAUACUUUUAGCUAAAUUUUUUAUCCAUAAAUGUAAGUUUACUAACAAAACACCAUAUUUCUGUCAUUUUUUUAAGGAUGUGGAAAUGUAUAUACAAUCAAUAUCAGACUCUACUAACAAAAAGGCUCUCAAAACAAUAUAUAUCUGUGAAUUUUUGCGUGUAUUCUUGUA